CUUCCUCUUCGCCUUUACUCUCACCUUUCGGGUCUUGACCCUUUCUGCCCUGGGGGCUUAUCCAUUCCUUGCCUUCUACUUGCCGUUCUACUAGUCGACUACAGGAGCCAGUCUCCACUCGUUUACACUUAGCUCUAAAUUCCCGAUCUAAACAUCAAGAUGUUCGGUUCAUCGAAGCUUUCGCUUGUCGCCUGCCUCCUCACACUGCUCUCCUCCGCCCUUGUUCAUGCUGCUCCUGCUGCGAACCCUCGAGAUGUACUCCUUGCUGCGCGCCAGUCCGCGCGGCCCACAACUGUACAGACCAGCGAGAUGGUCGAGACGUCGGGUGGUACUAUGAUGGAGACGUGCCAGAUUACCCUCACUCCAAACAGCGACGGCUCAUACCAGGAAGUCAAGUCUUGCACCUACCGCCCGAUCGCUUCUGGUGCGGCCUCCGGAACGGCGGCGGCGAGCGUAGCGACUGCUCCUCCUGCGCCACCCGCUGUCAUCGCGAAUGGUGAGUCUUCGGUCGCCUCCAGCGUCGCGUUCGCCACUUCGGCUUCCGCGGCCUCCGGCUCUGCAGCAACUGCAACGGCUGCAUCCGCGUCUGCCGCAGACGGUAAUGCCCCAGUCAAUAACGCAGCCGGCGCCGCAACUGCGACUGCAACUGGGUCGGCUCCCGCUUCCUCGGCCUCAAGUACUGGCGUCGUUACCAAGACAGCUAACUCCGCUGCCGUCGUCACCUUCGUCGUUCCCGGCCGGCACAUUCUCAUCCUGCCUGUCGGGCUAGUCAUCUUCUGUACAAUCACUGGAAUCGGUAUGCUUGUUGUCGGGCUCAUGCAUUUCGAGCGCAUGCGCUACCGUAGGGCCUUCAGGAAGCGCAAGCUUGCAGAGCAAGGCGCUGGUAUGGGAUACGGUGGAAUGGCGAAGGUGUAAAUCUUUUGAGUUCUUCAGGGUUAACUGCCGUGUAUCGUUGUAGUCUAGAAUCGGCCUUUUUCCUCUUUAUCCUGUCUUUCUGGCGAACGCUUGCUGCGUGUACUCUACGCCUGGAUUCACACCAAUCCUAUGCUUUGGCGAGCAUCUGUAAAGAUGAAUUGCUCUCUUCGUA